CCGCCGCCGCUGACGAUGUGGAGCCGCGGGCGGCGGCCCCUGCUCGCCCUGCCCGGGCAGUCCGGGCCGCCGCUACCGCUACCGCUGCUGCUGCUGCUGCUGCUGCUGCUGCCGGGCCCAGCGCACCCCGCACACAUCAAGAAGGCGGGGGCCACGGCCCCGGCCCCGGCCUCUUGGGCCCCGGCGGCGCCCGCGGCGGCGCAGGGGUCCACGCCGGGGCCGGGGCCCGAGGCCGAGCGCGCCGGUCCCUUCGGCCGCUACUACCACGAGGCGGAGCUGGGUGCCGAACUGGCGGCAGCCGCGCGGCCCGGCCUGGGCCGCCUCUACAGCCUGGGCCGUUCGCUGGAGGGCCGGCCGCUGUGGGUGCUGCGCCUGACGGCCGGCCUCGGGGGCCAGGUCCCGGGCCAGGACCCGGCGGCCGUCGGGCCGGACCCGGGGCCGCGUGUGCCCGGGCGGCCGCAGGUGAAGCUCGUGGGCAACAUGCACGGCGACGAGACGGUGUCGCGGCAGGUGCUCGUGUACCUGGCGCGGGAGCUGGCGGCGGGCUACGCGCGGGGCGACCCCCGCCUGGUGCGGCUGCUCAACACCACCGACGUCCACCUGCUGCCCAGCCUCAACCCCGACGGCUUCGAGCGCGCCCUGGAGGGCAGCUGCGACCCCCCGCCCGCCCAGGGCCGCGCCGGCCGCUACAACAGCCGCGGCCACGAUCUCAACCGCAGCUUCCCCGACCAGUUCGGCACCGGCGACCCCCCGGCGCUGGACGAGGUGCCCGAGGUGCGCGCGGUCAUCGAGUGGAUCCGGAGCAACAACUUCGUGCUUUCAGGUAACCUGCAUGGUGGCUCUGUAGUGGCCAGCUACCCUUUUGACGAUUCUCCUCAGCACAAAACCAGCGGCAUCUAUAGCAGGACAGAUGAUGAUGAAGUAUUCAAAUACUUGGCUAGAUCCUAUGCCUCGAAACACCCCAUCAUGAAAACCGGCGAUCCCCGCUGCCCUUCAGACGAAGACGAGACUUUCCAAGAUGGGAUCACCAAUGGAGCCCAUUGGUAUGACGUGGAAGGUGGCAUGCAGGAUUACAACUACAUGUGGUCCAAUUGUUUGGAGAUCACUUUGGAGCUGUCCUGUUGCAAGUACCCACCCGCGUCUCAGCUUCGUCAGGAGUGGGAGAACAAUCGGGAAUCUCUGAUCACAUUUAUUGAAAAGGUUCACAUUGGAGUUAGAGGGUUUGUAAAAGAUUCCACAUCGGGCUCUGGCUUGGAAAACGCAACCAUCUCAGUGGCUGGCAUCAGCCACAACAUCACGAGCAGCAAAGGUGGUGAAUUCUACAGACUGCUCGUCCGUGGGACUUACAACAUCACGGCGGUCUCCAUUGGGUACAUGCCGAUGACAGUCAGUAACAUAGUGGUUCAGGAAGGCUCGGCCACGGAGCUGAACUUCCUGCUCCAGCCCACGGUGAUCCUCUCUGAGGAGCCACAGACACCAGUGCCCAGUGUAGCCCCGACUCCAGACGCCCCCGAGGCUCCUGCCUCCCACCAGCCGAUCCAGCCCCAGGACUUUCACCACCACCAUUUCCCUGACAUGGAGAUUUUCUUGAGGAGGUUUGCCAACGAGUACCCCAACAUCACCCGCCUGUAUUCGUUGGGGAAAUCUGUCGAGUCGAGGGAGCUUUAUGUGAUGGAGAUAUCAGAUAAUCCAGGUGUCCAUGAACCAGGUGAGCCAGAAUUUAAAUACAUUGGGAAUAUGCACGGGAAUGAAGUUGUGGGCAGGGAGCUGCUGCUGAACCUCAUAGAAUUCCUUUGCAAGAACUUUGGGACGGACCCUGAGGUGACUGAGCUUAUCCGGAACACCAGAAUCCACCUGAUGCCCUCCAUGAACCCUGACGGCUAUGAGAAGUCUCUGGAAGGAGACUCCACUGGCGUGGUUGGCCGAAACAAUAGCAACAACUUCGAUCUGAACCGGAAUUUCCCAGACCAGUUCUUCCAGAUCACGGACCCAGUGCAGCCUGAGACCACGGCCGUCAUGAGCUGGCUGAAGACCUACCCGUUUGUGCUGUCUGCUAACCUGCAUGGAGGUUCUUUGGUUGUGAACUACCCGUAUGAUGAUGAUGAGCAAGGAGUUACCUCCUACAGCAAAUCUCCAGAUGAUGCUGUGUUCCAACAUCUGGCCCUUUCUUACUCCAAGGAAAACUCUGAGAUGUAUCAGGGCAGCUCCUGCAGGGACAUGUAUCCUGAUGAGCAUUUCUCCCACGGGAUAACCAACGGAGCAAACUGGUACAGUGUCCCAGGCGGGAUGCAAGACUGGAACUAUCUGAACACAAACUGCUUUGAAGUGACGAUCGAAUUAAGUUGUAUAAAAUACCCGUACGAGAAGGAUUUGCCCAAGUAUUGGGAGCAGAAUCGCAGGUCUCUGAUCCAGUUCAUGAAGCAGGUCCAUCGAGGCGUCAGGGGAUUUGUGCUGGAUGCCACAGACGGCCGAGGCAUCUUAAAUGCUACCAUCAGCGUGGCCGACAUCAACCAUCCCAUCACUUCCUACAAAAAUGGGGAUUACUGGCGGCUCUUGGUUCCUGGAACUUACAAAAUCACAGCUUCAGCCCGAGGGUACAACCCUGUCACAAAGAAUGUGACCGUGAAGGAUGAACAGGCAGUCCAGGUCAAUUUCACCCUUGUGCGAUCCUCGUCAGAUUCCAGGAACAAGUCCAAGAAGAUGAAGGAGAUCAUGGCGGAUGGAGGCACAAGCGACCCGACCACCAAGGAGUUUGAGACCUUAAUCAAAGACCUCUCGGCAGAGAACGGCCUGGAGCGCCUCAUGCUCAGCUCCUCACCCAAUCUGGCCCUGUACCGCUACCACUCCUACAAGGACCUGUCCGAGUUCCUGCGGGGGCUCGUCAUGAAUUACCCCCACAUCACCAAUCUCACCAAUUUGGGUCAGAGUGCUGAGUUCCGUCAGAUCUGGUCCCUGGAAAUCUCCAACAAGCCUAACAUGUCUGAGCCUGAGGAGCCCAAGAUUCGCUUUGUGGCCGGAAUCCAUGGGAAUGCCCCUGUGGGAACAGAGCUGCUCCUGGCCCUGGCGGAAUUCCUCUGCUUGAACUACAAGAGGAACCCUGUCGUAACCAAAUUGAUUGACAGGACUAGAAUUGUGAUUGUGCCUUCUCUAAAUCCAGAUGGACGGGAGAGAGCCCAAGAGAAGGACUGCACCUCCAAGACGGGGCGCGCCAACGCUCGUGGCAAAGACCUGGACACGGACUUUACGAGCAAUGCUUCCCAGCCUGAGACCAAAGCCAUCAUUGAAAACUUGAUCCAGAAGCAGGACUUCAGUCUGUCUGUGGCGCUAGACGGGGGCUCUGUGCUGGUCACCUACCCCUAUGACAAGCCCGUGCAGACAGUGGAAAACAAAGAGACUCUGAGGCAUUUGGCAUCUCUCUAUGCCAAUAAUCACCCGUCCAUGCACAUGGGACAGCCGAGUUGCCCCAAUAAAUCUGAUGAGAACAUUCCAGGAGGAGUGAUUCGCGGGGCAGAAUGGCAUGGGCACAUGGGCAGCAUGAAGGACUACAGUGUCACAUACGGUCACUGUCCGGAGAUCACCGUGUAUACCAGCUGCUGUUACUUCCCGAGUGCUGGACAGCUCCCUACCUUGUGGGCAGAGAACAAGAAGUCCCUUCUCAGCAUGCUGGUGGAGGUUCACAAGGGAGUUCAUGGAAUCGUCCAGGACAAGAGUGGAAAACCAGUGUCUAAGGCAGUGAUUGUUCUCAAUGAAGGCAUCAAGGUGCACACCAAAGAGGGGGGCCACUUCCACGUGCUCUUAGCCCCUGGCUUCCACAACAUCAAUGCCAUAGCCGAUGGCUACCAACAGCAGCACUCCCAGGUCUUUGUGCACCAUGAUGCGGCUAGUUCAGUGGUCAUCGUCUUCGACACCGACAACCGGAUCUUUGGCCUGCCCAGGGAGCUUGUGGUGACUGUAGCAGGCGCCACCAUGUCAGCCCUGGUGUUGACAGCCUGCAUCAUCUGGUGCGUCUGCUCCAUCAAGUCCAACAGACACAAGGACGGUUUCCAUCGACUCCGACAGCACCACGAUGAGUAUGAGGACGAGAUCCGCUUGAUGUCCACAGGCUCCAAGAAGUCUCUUCUCAGCCACGAAUUCCAGGAUGAGACAGACACGGAAGAGGAGACGCUGUAUUCCAGCAAACACUGAGCAGAGAGUAUCUCCCUGCCUACGUCCCGAGUGGGAGGAGGCCUCCCCAUUCUGGGAGAUGCUGUGUUCUUGUGGGCGGCCAGGCCGAGGUCUGUCCUGCGUCUUCAGAAAGCUGUUCGGAAAGUUAAUGUGUAACCUCCAUGAAUACGGAAGAUCUGGUCCUCCUUCGAUGUACUCUCGUCUUUUUGUUUUUCCCCUUUUUUCUGGAUCUCUUUGUAUUUAUGCAUCAGAAGUGGGGCAAGACGUGUAACCCCUUUUUUCUACAAAACCCAGCUGUCUGGCUCAUGUAACGGCAGCAUCGAGCUGACUAGUAGACGUUGCCUUUGCAUUCCGGGUGUUUGCUAGUGGCUUUAGCUUCUGCCCCUUAUUAAUGUGGCCCCUACUUCCCUACCCCCCAAAACAGGACGGCAGGGAUCGCUGUCAGCACCAGUGGUAUGAAGCUUUAAAGUUCUAGGUUUCUUUCAACCUGCUGAGGAUUGUUUUUGUUUUUCUUCUUGCUUAUAAAGUAACUGGAGUUUCCUUUUAUUAUUUACAUGGAAUGGAGGCUAAAUUGAGUUUUAUGGGGGGGAAAAAAAAAAGAAAAGGCUUUCUGGGACUUUUCUCUCUAUCCUAAAAUUAAUUGGGAAGUGUCAUGCUAAACUCCAAAAUGGGAUUUUACUACCUCUCUCAUUAGAUUUUACAAAGCUUAAUAUUCUGGUUUUCAGGGAGAAACCAGUAGGUCUCAGCGAGGCUUGCAGAAUAGAGAGGAAGAGGUUUAACAGUGGAUAACUCAGUUUGCCUGCCUUGAACCUAGCUAAAAACAACCCCACAGUGCUCUGCUGCAGCCAUCUGCAGAGUGUGGGCUCAUCAUCAGGAGGACGCUGGGUUCAUGAAUGUUUCCCUGAAUCGGGACCUUUGCUACUCCGUGCGUUUCCCAUGGUCUGUCCAGCCUGUUUGCUGGUUUGCAUGCUACGGACAGAUGGCAUCUGGAAGUGUCAAGGAGGGGCCUCCUCUUUGCACAUUCUCAGCCCCUGUUUAACCACGCCUGCCCACUCAUCACUGUUCUUCAGCCCAAGCAGCAUUGAUGGCAUCAUGCUAUGAGCUGCCGAUGCUCCUCCUCCUCCUCCUCUUCCUCGAGCUUGGCUGACAUCACAGACUUGGGCCCCUGUUUCUCUCUGAUUUAGCCCAUAUGGUUCCACUUGGGUGGGAGGGGUCUUUCAAUAUGGCCAUCACCCAUCAAGCGAGCAGCAUUGGUUGAUGAGGCUGUUGUCUCCACAGCCGGUCAGGUUUUUCAGAAGACAGGAACAGCUUGAAUUUUAUCAUGUCAGAUGUCACAGUCAUGUGCAGGUUACAGUAAUGGGAUAGUGAGAAUAUCGGGUAACCUUUCAGCAUCCUCAUGGCCCCGUCGCUGAUCAAGGGUUCUGAGAGGAUGGAACAUCCAUGUAUUGGUCCUCUUUCCCAGAGCCCUUCCUCAGAGGUAUUCAGUGCCGACCAGUAUCCUUCAGUCCAGCAUCCUGAGCUAGCUUAUAGAAAGACCCGCGGUGAAGUAGGAGUUAGUUACCGUCGUGCCAUUUAAGCUGAUGCGGGUCAGCUCUCAAGGGGGGUGCUUCAGAAUUACCUUAUUCUUCAGGCAGGCUUGGGCUUGGAGGCCCUUCCAGAGAAGGAGUUCACAGGGUGCCAAAGCGAUGGAUAUUCUAAUUUUACCGGUCUUUAUCCCCUCCUCUUUAAUGUUCCUUUGGGUACUAGACUCAUUUCAUCUGCAUUUUCAAAGUGCUUUAUCAAGUAAUCAACAAACUUUGGAACUCGGCUUUGUCAUUUUACCUGCAGUGGCAGGUAACAUUUGGGACAGCGCAGGUGGGAAGGGAUUGCCUUCGGUCCGAGAGGAGAGAUGCAUCGAUCCUCGCGGCCCAGGAGCAGUGCUUUCUGUCAGAAGGUGGCUUAAGAAUCUCUGCCUCUUCCUCGAACUCAAACAUUUUGUUUUUCAGUUGAAUUCACCAAGGCAGUAUGGAGCACUUGCUCCACGCCAGGGACCGUUCUAGGUGCCUGGGAUAGAAAGACAAAGAUGAGAUGGCCCAGGCCUGCCCCUCCAAAAGCUUACCUUCUGCUUUCAUCUUCCAGCCUUUGGGGGACCUGUUGAGCAUGGACAAAGGAGUGGGAAGAGGGAGGCAUUGAAUUCUGUUGGCCAUUUUUUAUUUUUGAAAGGAAAACCAAAUUCUACUCUACAUUUGGAGUUAGGUAGGGAAAAUAGAACCUUUCUGUCUUAAAAUGAAGCAUUUCUGCAAAUGCCGGUGAGCCUCGGUGUCCCCAGUUCUCUUGAGUGUCCUGGAUGUGUGACUACUGAUCCCAAGGGUUCUCGGCCUUCUUUCACGUUUCUGUUUGUGGAACCACACUAGCCAUAUUAGGCCCAGCUGCCUGUGUCCUGAGGCCAGAGAGAGGGGAGAAUUCGCCCCUCUCUGGGCUUUAUCCUGGGAGCCUUACAUCUCCUGAGGAGUCAUGGAACCCAUAAACAAGUGUCCAGUAUUGAGAAAUGUUGCCCAGAUUCAACUUGUGCCUUGACUCCCAAGGCCUGGCGAGUCGGUUUUGUAUCCCUGCUCCUUAAUAAAAGGUAAUUUGACCUAGUAGGUGACAGUGAAAUUGUCUGCUUUUGUGUAAGGUGCUCUUAGAGGGUCCUUUGGUCCAGUGAGGUGGACUGAUUGAUUGGUUUCAGGGAGAGCAAAGACGCUGCCCUCUUGCUGAAUUUUGCUGGAGAGUGUUAGGGGUGGGUGGCAGUGUUGCCAGGGAAGUACAGGAAGCUUGUCGUGCCUGUCAGGGAAUUCUGCUUGGGAGGACUACCUCACCUACCCAGAUGGGAAGGAAACAUGGUCUAUUGGGUGUGCUGGCUUGGGGCUGGGGGGGGGCGGGGUGAAUGGGAGGGGGCGGCACUCACCCGAAAGAGGUUGCGCUGAAUGAAGCUGAUUGUGACCUGACAAGAACGAAUAAAAGAUCUUGCCUCACCUGUGUCCUUAGGCUGCCAUCCAAGGUUUCCAGGUGAUCCAGACCUCUCUUAGAAGCCAGUUCUGAUAGCCUCACCCAGCUUUAAAAGUCCCUGCUUUCCUCUCUUUUCCCACUAGAAAUGCACUCACACCACCAGGUUUAACCCUGCUGCGUGUUAAAAGGCUCUCCUGAGAUCCCAUUAGGACUUCUACCAGUAGCAGCAGCAGCUGCCAGGCAACCAAAACUUCUAAGUUUUGCUUCAGUGUUCGUUACCCAAAAUCCGAUUUUUGUUUAAUUGUAGUGACUUCCGUUUUAUUAGCCUCUCCUCAUAUCUUUGGGCCUCUGAUUUCUUUUAGUUGAAGCAUCACUUUGAUUUGGUGAUGAGGGUCCUUAAUUGACUGACACCAGGCUGAGGAUGAGUUCCCAGAACCCUCUCUUUCUCAACACUCAUUUCCCAUCUCCAGCAAUAAAUAGCCCACUGCCCAGAUUUCAGAAUGCCAGAUUGGCCAUUUCCCACCUUAGUGGAAAAUAGAGUCUGAAGUCUGCUAGACAGAGGCAAUUGGGGUCUGAUUAUCAUGUAAAUAUGUGUAAUUCACAUUUUUAAGUCAGCAGCAUGAGGCAAGUGCACUAUCGUAUUUUCCCUGUUGGUCACCCAAGAGUCCUUCUGGGUCAUUGGCAUGAAUGUAUUUUUUUCUCCUCUUCUUCAAAUUCAAAUCCCCACAAUCCCCAUUUCCCCAGAAUGAUGCUUGAUUUCUGCCCAUCAAACUUGUUAAUGUAGGUAUUUCUACAAAGGUGCCCAGCAAAAUCCACACUCAUCUCAACCACUUCAGGCUUGGGCGUAAAACAUGCACUGUGCCUUCAAAAAGAAAAAAAAUCCAAAAGGACUUGACAUGGAACUGAAUGAUAGUAUUUUUUUUAAAGAGCCAAUCUGUAAUUUAUGUGAAAUCUAAAUCUGUUAAUGAGGUCCUUUUUUUUUUAAAGACAUGUAAACAGAUCUAAUAAUCCUGCAUAAAGGUUAUUUUAUGA